GCCGGAGGGGAAGCGCGGAGGGGAUGGCGGCGCGGGGCCGGGGGCCGCCGCGGCUGCCGCUGGCGCUCUCGCUGCUGCUGCUGCUGGCGCUCGGCCCCUCGGCCGCGGCGGCCAAGCUCAACAUUCCCAAGGUGCUGCUGCCCUUCACGCGGGCCACGCGCGUGAACUUCACCCUGGAGGCGUCCGAGGGCUGCUACCGCUGGUCGUCUACCCGGCCGGAAGUGGCCAGCAUAGAACCCCUUGGCUCCAGUGAACACCAGUGCUCCCAGAAGGCAGUGGUGCAGGCCCGGCUCACCCAGCCCGCCCGUCUGACCAGCAUCAUCUUUGCGGAGGACAUCACCACAGGGCAGGUGCUGCGCUGCGAUGCCAUUGUCGACCUCAUCCAUGGCAUUCAGAUUGUCUCCACCACCCGAGAGCUCUACCUCGAAGACUCCCCUCUGGAGCUGAAGAUCCAGGCUCUGGACUCGGAAGGGAACACCUUCAGUACACUGGCAGGGCUGGUCUUUGACUGGGCGAUUGUGAAGGACACGGAGGCAGAUGGGUUCUCAGACUCUCACAAUGCACUGAGAAUCCUCACCUUCCUGGAGUCUACGUACAUACCUCCUUCCUACAUCUCAGAGAUGGAGCGGGCAGCCAAACAGGGGGACACCAUCCUAGUGUCUGGGAUGAAGACUGGGAGCUCCAAGCUCAAGGCUCGCAUCCAGGAAGCCGUGUACAAGAACGUCCGUCCUGCAGAAGUAAGGCUGCUGAUUUUGGAGAACAUUCUUCUGAACCCAGCGUACGAUGUCUACCUGCUGGUGGGGACUGCCAUUGACUACAAGGUGCAAAAGAUCAGACAAGGAAAAAUUACAGAACUCUCAAUGCCUUCUGACCAGUAUGAGCUGCAGCUUCAGAACAGCAUCCCGGGCCCUGGAGGAGACCCUGCCCGGCCUGUGGCCGUCCUGGCCCAGGAUACGUCCAGGGUCACCGCGGUGCAGCUGGGGCAGAGCAGCCUUGUCCUGGGCCACAGGAGUAUCCGCAUGCAGGGUGCGUCUAGGCUCCCCAACAGCACCAUCUACGUGGUGGAACCUGGGUACCUGGGGUUCACAGUUCACCCUGGUGACAGGUGGGUGCUCGAGACUGGCCGCCUGUAUACAGUCACUAUUGAAGUGUUUGACAGGUCCAGCAACAAGGUCUACCUGUCUGAUAACAUCCGCAUUGAAGCUGUGAUUCCUACGGAAUUUUUUGAAGUUCUCUCAUCUUCUCAGAACGGGUCAUACCAUCACGUCAGGGCAAUACAGAAGGGCCAAACGACCCUCCAUGCGACCCUCACCGCUGUGGUAGACCAGGAUGGAGGGGUGCAUGUGCUACAGGUACCUGUGUGGAACCAGCAGGAGGUGGAUAUUCACAUCCCCAUCACCCUCUACCCUAGCAUCCUGACGUUUCCGUGGCAACCGAAGACUGGCGCCUAUCAGUACACCAUAAAGGCUCACGGCGGCAGUGGGAACUUCAGCUGGUCUUCCUCAAGCCACAUGGUCGCCACGGUCACCGUCAAGGGCGUGAUGACCACGGGCAGUGACACUGGACUUGGUGUGAUCCAGGCACACGAUGUGCAGAACCCUCUGCAUUUUGGUGAGAUGAAGGUGUACGUGAUCGAGCCCCGCAGCAUGGAGUUUGCGCCCUGCCAGGUGGAGGCACGACUGGGGCAGACCCUGGAGCUGCCCCUGAGGAUCAGCGGGCUCAUGCCUGGCGAGGCCAGCGAGGUGGUGGCCCUGAGUGACUGCUCCCACUUUGACUUGGCAGUGGAAGUGGAGAACCAGGGCGUGUUCCAGCCGCUGCCAGGAAGGCUGCCGCCAGGGUCAGAGCACUGCAGUGGGGUGAGGGUGAGGGCCGAGACCCAGGGCUCCACCACACUCCUGGUGAGCUACACACAUGGCCACGUCCACCUGAGUGCCAGGAUCACCAUCGCUGCUUUCCUGCCUCUCAAGGCUGUGGAUCCCGUGUCUGUUUCCGUGGUAACCCUGGGCUCCUCCAAGGAGAUGCUGUUUGAAGGAGGCCCCCAACCCUGGGUCCUGGAGCCUUCCAAGUACUUUCGUAACAUCACCUCUGAGGACACAGGCAGCAUCAGUCUGGCACUUUUGGGGCCCCCUGCCUCCCGGAGUUACCAGCAGCACUGGAUCCUUGUGACUUGCCGGGCCUUGGGCGAGCAGGUCAUCGCCCUCUCCGUGGGGAACCAGCCCAGCCUCACCAACCCCUUCCCCGUGGUGGAGCCCGCUGUGGUGAAGUCUGUCUGCACCCCGCCCUCCAGGCUCACCCUCACGCCUGUCUAUGCCAGCCCCCAGCUGGACCUGUCCUGUCCCCUGCUGCAGCAGAACAAGCAGGUGGUUCCAGUGUCCAGCCAUCGGAACCCCCUGCUGGACCUGGGUGCCUAUGACCAGCAGGGGCGCCGAUUCGACAACUUCAGCUCUCUAAGCCUCCAGUGGGAGUCCACACAGCCGUCGCUGGCCAGCAUGGAGCCUAAGCAGUCCCUGCAGCUGGUGUCUCGCAGUGAUGGGAGUGGCCAGAAGAAGUUACACGGCUUGCAGGCCGUCUUGGUUCACCAGGCCUCGGGAACCACCACCAUCUCCGCCACAGCUUCUGGCUACCAGCAGCCCCACCUCCACGCUGCCAGAGUGAAGCAACCGCACGAGCCGCCCAUGCCCGUGUCGGCAUCCAUAGAACUCAUCCUGGUGGAGGAUGUGAGGGUGAGUCCGGAGAAAGUGACCAUCUACAACCACCCUGGAGUUCAGGCGGAACUGCGCAUCACAGAAGGCUCUGGCUACUUCUUCCUCAACACCAGCAGGGCGGAUGUGCUCAGGGUGGCCUACCAAGAGUCCCAAGGCAUCGCCAUGGUACACCCUCUGCUCCCCGGCUCGUCUACCAUCAUGAUCCACGACUUGUGCCUGGCCUUCCCCUCCCCGGCAAAGGCUGUUGUUUACGUCUCGGACAUCCAGGAGCUGUACGUUCGUGUGGUGGACAAGGUGGAGAUCGGGAAGGCAGUCAAGGCCUAUGUCCGCGUGCUGGGCUUCGACAAGAAGCCUUUCCUGGCCAAGUACUUCAGCUUCAUGGACCUGAAACUCCGAGCAGCCUCCCAGAUCGUCACGUUGGUGGCCCUGGACGAAGCUCUCGACAGCUACACUGCCACGUUCCUUGUGCACGGUGUGGCUAUCGGCCAAACCAGCCUCUCUGCUAGUGUGACAGACAAAUCUGGACAGCGCAUCAGCUCCCCCCCACAGCAAAUUGAAGUCUUCCCCCCAUUCAGACUGAUACCCAGGAAGGUGACGCUGAUUAUUGGGGCCAUGAUGCAGAUCACGUCAGAGGGCGGCCCCCAGCCUCAGUCCAACAUCCUCUUCUCCAUCAGCAACGAGAGCGUGGCGGCCGUGAGUGGGGCCGGAAUGGUGCGUGGCCUCACAGUUGGCAACGGCUCUGUGUUGGGGGUCGUGCGGGCAGUGGACGCAGAGACUGGCAAGGUCGUCGUUGUCUCUCAGGACCACGUGGAGGUGGAGGUGCUGCAGCUCCAGGCAGUGAGAAUCCGUGCACCCAUCACACGGAUGAGGACAGGGACCCAGAUGCCUGUCUAUGUCACCGGGAUCACCAACAACCAGAGCCCUUUCUCUUUUGGCAACGCUGUACCAGGCCUGACCUUCCACUGGUCUGUCACCAAGCGGGAUAUCCUGGACCUCCGCGGGCGGCACCACGAGGCAUCCAUCCAGCUCCCAGCACAGUGCAACUUUGCCAUGAAUGUGCAUGGUCGAGUCAAAGGCCGGACCAGGCUGAGGGUCGUGGUCAAGGCUCUGGACCCCACGGCAGGACAGCUGCAUGGCCUUGCCAAGGAACUCUCAGAUGAGAUCCAAAUCCAGGUAUUUGAAAAGCUGCGACUGCUGAGCCCUGAAAUAGAAGCAGAACAAAUAUUAAUGUCACCCAACUCACUUAUAAAGCUCCAGACAAACAGGGACGGCGCAGCCACCCUGAGCUUCCGGGUCCUGGAUGGGCCUGAGAAGGUUCCCGUCGUGCACAUUGAUGAGAAGGGCUUCCUGGUGUCCAGCACCACCAUUGGGACGUCCACCCUUGAAGUGAUUGCCCAAGAGCCUUUUGGGGCCAACCAAACCAUCAUCGUUGCUGUAAAGGUGGCUCCCAUUUCUUACCUGAGGACCUCCAUGAGCCCUGUCCUGCACAGUCAGCACAAGGAGGCCCUGAGCGCCCUACCGCUGGGGAUGACCGCGACCUUCACCGUCCACUUCCAUGACAACUCUGGAGACAUCUUUCAUGCUCACAAUUCAGUCCUCAACUUUGCCACCAACAGGGAUGACUUCAUACAGAUUGCCAAGGGUCCCACCAACAACACCUGCAUCAUCCGCACCGUCAGCGUGGGCCUGACGCUGCUCAGCGUGGGGGAUGGGGAGCACCUGGGCCUCUCAGACUACGUCCCGCUGCUGGUCCAGCAGGCCAUCUCGCCAGAGCUGUCGGGAGCUGUGGUGGUGGGAGAUGUCCUCUGCCUGGCCACUGUGCUCCUCGGUCUGGAAGGUGUCUCGGGGACCUGGAGCUCCUCAGCCAACAACAUCCUCCACGUUGACCCCAAAACAGGCGUGGCCGUGGCCCGGGAUGUGGGCUCUGUGACAGUUUACUACGAGGUUGCUGGGCAUCUGAGGACCUACAAGGAGAUAGCGGUCAUCAUGCCUCAAAGGACUGUGGCCCAUCGCGUCCACCCUGCCCAGAGCAGCUUCCCGGAGGACACGGCCUCCAGAGUGAUGGUCACCGUGGGGGACAGAAGCUCCAACCUGAUUGGAGAGUGCUCCCCUUCGCAGAGGGAAGUGAUCACAGCCUUGCGCCCAGAGUCACUCAUCAGCUGCCAGCUCCGCUUCAAGCAGGACGUCUUUGACUUCCCGGCACGGGACAUUUUCACCGUGGAGCCAGGGUUUGACGCUGCUCUGGGCCAGUACCUCUGCUCGCUCACGAUGCACAGCCUGACAGACAAGCAGCUGAAGCACCUGAGCAUGAAGAGGACGGCGCUGGUGGUCACUGCCUCCCUGCCCGGCAGCCUCCCCUCUGCAGGCAGGGCUGCGGCCGAGGUGCCCUUCAGCCCGGGGCUCUACGCCAACCAGGCAGAGAUCAUCUUGAGCAACUACCUCACCAGCUCGGAGGUGAAGGUGUUCGGCGCCGGGGAGAUUCUGGAGAGCCUGGAGGUGCGGUCCGCGUCGCCGGCCGUGCUGGCCUUCGUGAAGGAGAGGUCCCUCGGGCCGCCCAGCUUCGUCACCUACACGGUGGCCAUCUCGGACCCCACGGCCGGCAGCCAGGGGCCACUGUCCACGGCGCUCACCUUCGCCAGCCCCGCCACCGGCCAGGCCCUCACCAUCCCCGUCACGGUGGCCUUCGUGAUGGAGCGCCGCGGGCCCGGCCCCUAUGGCGCCAGCCUCUUCCUGCCCUUCCUGGACUCCUACCAAGUCAUGUUCUUCACGCUCUUUGCGCUGCUGGCCGGGACAGCGGUCACCAUCAUAGCCUACCACACGGUCUGCGCACCCCGGGACCUGGCUGCAUCCCCAACCCUGCCUCCCCGGCCUGGCUCUCGGCACAGCGCCCCCUACUCCACAGCCUCCUCGCCAUUGUCUUCCUUGUCCUCGGCAUCCUCGUCGCCCACCUCCUUCAGCUCCCUCUCUCCUGGUCGCAAAGCCCGUCCUCCCUCGGGGCUCUGGAGCCCGGCCUACGCCUCCCAUUAGCCGCGCGUGGGUGCCCGCUGUGGGCGUGCCCGAUGAGACCCGCCCUGGCUGGGCCCGUCCCGCUGGGGUGGCCCCGGAGCCGGCUGCUUGCUGCAGUCGCGAGCCCUGAGGCGGGCGGCGUCCCCUCGGCGGCCGCCUGGCUCCCUGCGCGGCGUCUGCGGCUCGUUCGCGUUCCCUCUGUGUGGCUCCAGCGCCUGCAGCUCUGUGCAGACGCGGCCAUGGGGGGGCAGCCCCUCCCCCUCCCCCGCAGAAGUGGACGUCCUUCCCUCAGUGACUGCUGGGACGAGGGGCAGGCCCCGCCCCUCCUGGACACCUCAGGAACACAGCCCAGAAAGAUGCUGGACUCGGCCCCGCCCCGGGAGAGACCCCGCCCUCGACGUCCUCGCGCCCGAGGGGCUGAGACCAGUGCCGCCCCCCGCGCUUGUUCUGUCCACCUCUCCAGUACCUCAGCAGAUCUGAGCCAGGGGCCCAGGCCGGGAGGCCUCCCCACCCCGAGCCGGGGAGCCGCCCGCGGGGCAGCCGCAGGACACCAGGCGUCCCGAGCCGGGGAGCCGCCCGCGGUGGGCGCUCGUGAAGCUGUGAUGGAGGCCCCGCCUCGCCCGCUGCCUGAACCGGGGGGCCUGGGGGGCCGGGGCCGUUUUCUUUGCUUUGUUACUAAAGUUGUGUGUGGUUUCCUAAA